AUGUUGGCCACUAGAUUGCAUCGUGCUCCACAAUCCCUUCUCUCCAUUGCAACCCGAUCCGUCUCUCAGCGUUUUUAUGCUGCUGCUGCCAGUGAGGAGAAGUUGAAGAAGACUGCAUUGUAUGAUUUCCAUGUUGAGCAAGGUGGCAAGAUGGUCCCUUUUGCUGGUUACUCGAUGCCUGUCCAAUACAAGAACAUGGGUCAGCUUGCAUCUCAUUUGCACACUCGUGAGAAGGCCUCCAUCUUUGAUGUGUCACACAUGCUUCAAACUCGUGUUGUUGGCAAGGAUCGUAAAAAGUUCUUUGAAACCUUGGUUGUAGCUGAUUUGCACCAACUUCCUGUUGGCCAAGGCACGCUCUCAUUGUUCACCAACGAGCAAGGUGGUAUUAUCGAUGACACCAUUAUUAUGCAACAAGAUGAUUGCCUCUAUGUCGUAUCCAACGCCGCAUGUGCUGACUCGGAUCUUGCUCACAUUCGCAAGCACCUUGCUGAGUUCCAAAACAAGGGUGGAGAUGUUGAUCUCCAAGUCAUUGAGGAUCAUUCGUUGGUUGCCAUCCAAGGUCCCAGUGCUGCUGCUGCUUUGCAAGAAUUGGUUGGCAAGGAUUUGAACGAUUUCGGUUUCAUGCACGGCAAGUUUAUGGAUCUUGCUGGUAUCCCUUGCCAUGUGGCUCGCUCUGGUUAUACUGGUGAAGAUGGUUUUGAGCUUUCUGUUCCUACUCCAGAAGUUGUCGACAUCACCAAGAAACUCCUCGCAUACCCUGGUGUUGAAAUGGCUGGUCUUGGUGCUCGUGACAGCUUGCGUUUGGAAGCCGGCUUGUGCUUGUACGGCAAUGAUAUCGAUGCCACCACUACUCCUAUUGAAGGUGGUUUGACAUGGACUAUUCCCAAAUCCCGCCGUGAAACUGGUGGUUUCUUGGGUGCUGAUAAAAUCUUGGCUCAAAUCAAGGACAAGAGCCUCAUCAAGCGUCGUCGUGUUGGUUUGAUUGUACAAGGUGCACCUGCUCGUGAAGGUGCCGAGAUCUUGGAUAAGGAAGGCAAUGUCAUUGGCAACAUCACCUCUGGAUGCCCCUCUCCCUGCCUUAAGAAGAACAUCGCUAUCGGCUACGUUAAGAGUGGUUUCCAAAAGAAGGGCACUGAGCUCAGCGUCAAGGUUCGCAACAGAGUUCAAGAUGCUGUUAUCACCAAGAUGCCUUUUGUUGAAGCCAAGUACCACAAGUAG